AUGGAAAAAAUCAAUGGAACUUCUGAAGGAUACUUCAUUCUACUGGGCUUUUCUCAUUGGCCUAACCUGGAAACAGCUCUUUUUGUUGAAAUCUCUAUGUUCUAUUUGAUGACACUGAUAGGUAAUUUGUUCAUCAUCAUACUGUCAUACCUGGAUUCCCGUUUCCACACUCCCAUGUACUUCUUCCUCUCAAACCUCUCUUUUCUGGAUCUCUGCUACACCACCAGCUCCAGCCCCCAAUUGCUGGUUAACCUCUGGGACUCAGAGAAGACCAUUUCAUAUGCUGCUUGUAUGAUUCAACUCUACUUUGCUUUUGCUCUGGGAACCACAGAGUGUGUCCUGCUGGUGGUGAUGUCCUAUGACCAUUACGCAGCUGUGUGUAAACCCCUGCAUUAUGCUGUCCUCAUGCACCCUCGACUCUACCAAUCCUUAGCUGUGGCUUCCUGGGUAAGUGGCUUUAUUAACUCAGCACUCCAUUCCCUCAUUACCUGCUGGGUACCCCUGUGUGGACAUCACCAAGUGGAUUACUUCUUCUGUGAAGUUCCAGCACUCCUGAAAUUGUCCUGUGUUGAUACUCAUGCUAAUGAGCUGACUCUCAUGGUCACAAGCUCUAUUUUUGUUCUCACACCUCUUGUCCUCAUUCUAACAUCCUAUGGUGCCAUUGCUCAGGCUGCACUGAGGAUGCAGUCAACUACUGGACAUCAGAAAGUCUUUGGGACGUGUGGAGCCCAUCUUCUGGUUGUUUCCCUCUUUUUCAUUCCAGUUCUCUGCAUUUAUCUUCAACCACCAACAGAAAAUUCUCAAGAUCAAGGGAAGUUUAUUUCCCUGUUUUAUACUGCUGUCACACCUAGCCUCAACCCUCUCAUCUAUACCUAA